AAUCUGUUUUGGUUGAUCCUUUUGUCUAAUAAAUACAUCACCACCAUUGAUCCCCAAUCAACAACUUCUUCACUCAUCCCUCCAAAGUCCAAACUCUCUGCAACUCUGUUUCUCGUCACCCAAGCUCCCUCACCCCCAACAAAAUAAUGGAGACAGCACAAAGUUCAAACUCUCCGAAUUCAUCACCAUCAUCGUCCGUCUCCUCCGUUGCCCUGAUCGUAGGCGCAACAGGGAUGGUAGGACUGAGCCUGGCAGAGGCACUGAACAACCCUUCAACUGUCGGCGGGCCAUGGAAAGUCUACGGCGUUGCUCGCCGUCCAUUACCCACCUGGUUCCCGCCUUCCCUCCUCCACAAGUUCAUCACUCUCGACGCCCUGAAUCGAGAUGAAACGGUCGAGAAACUCUCCCCUGUUGCCCACGAAGUCACCCACGUCUUCUGGGUCGCUUUCCAGCUCCGUGAAAUCGAAGAGGUCAACAUCUCCCUCAACUCCACCAUGCUCUCGAAUGUCGUCGCCGCACUCAGCUCCGCUGGGUCGAAUUCCCGACUCAGACAUGUCACCUUGCAAACAGGGACGAAACAGUAUAUGGGUCCGAUAUACGACCCAGAGCACGGGUCGCGGCUGGUGAUGCACGAACCGCCUUUUCAAGAAGGGAUGCCCAGGCUGCCGUAUCCCAAUUUCUACUACGCGCUGGAAGAUCUCUUGGCGAGGGAUUUGCCGGAGGGAGUUACUUACUCUGUGCAUCGGUCGUCCAUUAUCAUGGGCGCCACGCCUAGAAGCAUCCACAAUGGGCUGCUGACGCUGGCGGUCUACGCCACCAUUUGCCGCUACAAAGGGCUCCCCUUCAGGUACCCAGGGAAUAAGUACACAUGGGAACAUUUUUGUGACAUGUCUGAUUCAAGGUUGCUAGCAGAGCAGCAGAUAUGGGCAGGGACGACGGAGGGAGCCAAGAACCAGGCGUUCAACUGCUCGAAUGGAGACUUCUUCACAUGGAAGGGGCUGUGGAAGGUAUUGUGCGAGCUGUUCGAUGUGGAUUUCGUGGAUUUGGAUGAUGCGGAGAAGUUUGAUGCGAUGGAGAUGAUGUCCGGGAUGGGAGAUGUGUGGGAUGAGAUUGUGGAGAAGCAGGGGCUGUACAAGACCAAGUUGGAGGAAGUGAAUUGCUUCGAUGCGAUGAAGGUGGUGACCAAUUUCAAAUUCCAGCAUGUUUGUAGCAUGAACAAGAGCCGUGAGUUUGGGUUUGUGGGCUUUUAUGAUACGUUCAAGAGCGUUCGUUACUGGGUUGGGAAAAUGAGGGAGAUGAAGAUCAUACCUUGAUUGGAGGCUCCAUGGCAGCGGCAUGCUCUGUUUCUUUAAAUUUUCUCUCCUCUUUUGUGUGUUGUGAUUCGUGUUCGUGUCCUCUUUUGUGUUUGUGAUUCUUGUUCGUGUGAUAUGGCAUAAUAACUUUGAUUCAGCAUGAAUCGAAAAGAACCCGCUUUGUUAGUAUUUGGGGUCAUUAACAUACAAGAACGUAAACUGUUUGGAAUGCACAUGUUAUAGUUGGUCGGAUAGAUUGUUAUUAGAAAAGCC